AUGUCGGAUGUGCAUCGGAAGAUCAGGACUGGGAAAGGGAUAGUUGGAGUGAACACUACCAGACACAGAUCUGAUUGGACGCCUCCGAUUGGUUGCGUCAUUGACUGGGUGACGAAUGGGCUGCUGGGUUCUGUAGUCUGCAUUGGGAUCUGCCGUUAUGACAGGUACAUAGUCGGUCACACGUCUGUUCUCUGUCAUAAUGGAUACCUAUUCAAGGUUGCUUCCUCUGCAAGGCCAAUCACUGACUACAAACCGCAAGCAGAUUUUUCUCAGAGGUGGUGUUGCCUGGGCAACGGACUGUUCAGUUACUAUAAGACUGAGCAGAGCACUAACAGGUGUGGCUGCAUAAAAACGAGUGACAUCAUCUGCCUGUCCUUCAACAGUCCAGGGAUUCAUGGGUAUGAACAUACCUUUGAGCUGUACACUGAUAGUGGGCGGGUCUAUCUUUUUGGAGCUGAUGACAUCGUUACUAUCAAAGAGUGGAUCAGGGCAUUUGCUAUAGCACUGCUUCCUGCUGUUCUGAGUGAUGUUUGUGGACUCUGUGAUCGUCUGGGCCGCCUACGCUGUGCUGAAGGCAGUUCUGGAAUUGGUUGGUUCUGCCUUAGUGGCUCUAGACUGCAAGUUCUUCUUCAUGAUUCAGUACAGAAUGUUGACCUGCGCAAGCUACUUACACUCACCCUCAGUGACAGUGUGGGGGAUAUGGUGUUUUCGUGGAGAGGUGGAUCUCUACAUGUCAUAGCAGAGAACAAGCCCCAUUUUCCGGGCUGGGUACGGUCCAUCGGACUCUGUGGCGGGGCAGGAGACCAGCCACUCUCCCUGCAGCAGCUCACCGAGUCAGGCAUCCCCAUCGCUGUUGACCGCUGUCUCGACCACAUCACACGUCAUGGUCUCAUGUCCACUGGCAUCUACAGGAAGUGUGGUGUUCAUUCCCAUGUGUCAGCUCUGCUGGAAGAAUUCCUGCGUGAUGCACGGAGUGUUUGUGUUCCCGAAGAUAUUGCAGUAGACAAUGUGACGAACACACUGAAGCGUUUUCUCCGAGAGGUCAGAGAAGGAUUGUUUAAUGGACAGCAAAACUCACAGAACUGGCUUUGUACUGCAGAGUUAACAGAUAACUGUAACAAAACCAGCAGAUACCAGACACUCCUGUCCAGCUUGCCUGAAGUCAACAGAGAGACCUUCAAAGCUCUCUUUAACCACCUCUACUGCGUGCAGAACUUCUCCAACAUAAACCACAUGACGACACGGAAUCUGGGACUCGUGUUCGGGCCGACUCUCUUUCAGACGGAUAAAGCCGACCCCAGGACCUUCAAAGUGGUGGAGGACUUGAUUGGAAGUUACUGUGCCAUCUUUAAUAUCUCAGAUGCAGAGCUUCAGAAGCAGAUGGACAUGACCCUUCUCAUUCUAAACAAGCUCAAAGACCAGGCCUCUCUGACACCUGUCCCCUCCCACACCGUCUGUGCCAUUUACCUGGAGAAGAGGGAGGAGGAUGCAGAACUCCUUGUGCAGGUCGGGAUGAGUACAACAGUAGAGGAAUUGGUCCUGGAGGUUUUAGAGAUGUGUGGAAUCCAGCCAGCAGAUGGAGAGUUUUGGAGGUGUUAUGAGACCAAGGAAGAGAUUGAGCGAGAGCUGCACUACAAGGAAGCAGUGCUGCCAGUCUGUUACUCCCUCAGCCCACAGAGCCACCUGUUGGUCAAGAGAAGCCAUUACACCAGUGACAUCAAUAUGUAUUUGAGUGGUAAAGAGGAAGUGUGCAAGCUGGGAGCACUACGCAUGAGUGAAGUUAAAGGGGGCAAAUGCAAGAGCUUUUCCAACCGCCAUUGUGAGCUGAUUGGCUCCACCUUCAGGCUGUACAAAGAACUGCAGGGCUCUCAGUGUGAGAAGGAAUGGCCAGUACAAGAAAUAAAGGUCUACCAAGGCUAUAUGAGUAAACUCCAGCCACCGACACCGUGGGGCUUAACAGUGCUUCAUGACCAACAGCAGUGGUACUUUUGCUGUGAUUCUGAAGAUGAAUUCAUAGAGUGGAUUGCCACUAUUAUGAGCCUUCAGCAUGGUGGGGACUUGGGCUGAUGGAGGAGGAAGAUGGAUGCUGUUGGAUCCUGUUUUUUUUUGUUUUGCUAUUUUUUACAGGGGGCCUUAACAAACAAACUAGAAAUGUUUGUCAUGUUUUAGAUCUUCCUCAGGUUUCUAUAUAUAAACAUGCAUACUCGCAUUUAUAUUACAUAUUUACGCUUUAUGCACUAACAGAUUAUAUUACACCUUUAUGUUCUAACAGAUUAACUUCUUUGUUUUCAUACAAUGAACACUGUUACCAGAAAAUCAGCAAAUGUAGGUAUUUACCAACUGAAAAAAAAAAUCACAAAUAUGCACAAAUGCUAAACUUUAAAUAACUGCAUAUAUAAUUCUUCACAUACUAGUUUGCACUAACAGUAAUGAAAGCUACACACAUUAAGAUUGUAGUUUGAAAUGGAUUCCUACAGUAUAUGUAUGGAUUUACCAUUUUGAUGCCAGUAAUUGUUCUUAUUCAGAAAACAUUUUGAUAAUGACCUUCCCACACAGUCAUACUCAUUAAACCUUUUUUUUUUUUUGUGUACAUUGUUUUUUGUUUGUUUUUGUUUUCACAAAAAAGGUCAUGAGUGUGGCUGCUGGGUUAUGGAUGGUGACAGAAAAUGUCUGAACUUCACGCAGUCGCUCUGGUUUAUCAGUGAGAGGGAUUGCCCUGCCUAUUGACUCUUACCUGUAUCAUAAUGUAUGUCAGCAGAUAGAUAAAAGCAGUAUGGCUAUAGUGGAAGUGAAUCAUUAACUUUUAAAAAUCUUGUCAAUAAUGUCUGUUGUACUCGGAGGAACUUAGUGGACAAUACAUAAGCCAAAGCAAAUUUAUUUGUAGGCCUACAGCAUACAUUUCACACGCAAAAAAAGAGUGCUUUAUGUUGGCAAGGAUGAAAGCAGACAAAAAAAAAAUUAAAUGAGAGCUUUAGAAAAGAAAAAAAGGAAUACAUUGGCAUUCAUUGAUGUCAUAAAAAUGUUAAGGUCAAAACAGAGGUCACGAGUUGGGUGUGACACAACUGAGCACAGUUGCAUGUGUUCUCAGAAGAGCUGUAUUUGUCCCUCGCUGUUGGAACUCAGAUCACCUGCUGUUUUCAUUAGACCUGUUUGCUAUCAUAGUGUUAUCUCAUCUAUUGCUGUUGAUGGGUUUGUCUUACAGGUUAUUCCUAUUUUGGUUCCCUCAAACGCUGUCAUGUCAUCUAGCUUUUGAACAAUACACUGUGCAUUGACCCUGAUUUUGGAUUAAACUUGCAUUUAGAUCCCAUACUCAUUUUUGUCUGUCACUGGGCUGCAUACAUAACCAUACCACAGAUUGAUUGGAAGCACACUCAUAGCAGUUCCUGUAGGGGGACAUGUCUGGUCUGGGGUUCUGUAGCCUGAGUGUGUUCUCCUUAGUUCCAUGGUUUGUGGGGUGGAGAUACCAGCAGGUUAUCCAAAUUGCUUGCACCUGUGAAUGGUAAACAGUAGUCUGUUGAACAGCUU